CGCGAUGGAGGCGCCGGCCGAGCUGCUGGCCGCGCUGCCCGCGCUGGCCACCGCGCUGGCCCUGCUGCUCGCUUGGCUGCUGCUGCGGCGCGGGGCGGCCGCGAGCUCGAACCCCGCCGGCGCGCCCCCGGAACCCGCGCCCCCGGAACCCGCGCCCCCGGCCGAGGCCGGCGGAACGCCCGAGCCGCCGGGCCCCUGCGCCGCAGAGCCGGCGGCCGCGCCCGAGGGGCCGGGGGAGCCCGCGCUGCCGGACAAGCCCACGGCGGCCCCGGCGCCGGCGGAGGCGGCGGCGGCGGCGGCGGCGGAGGAGGAGGAGGAGCAGGCCGCCGAGGAGAGGCAGGAAGAGGAGCGGGAGCUGCGCGGCGAGGAGGAGCCCCCCCAGGCCGGGCCCGCGGAGGAAGACGGGGGAGAGGCCUUCUCCUUCAAGUACAGCCCCGGGAAGCUGCGAGGAAACCAGUACAAGGAGAUGAUGACCAAGGAGGAACUGGAGGAGGAACAGAGGAUUGAGCUGACCUCUGACCUCACUUCCCUGUAGCGAGUUCCUUAGGUCCUGAGCCACAAAUAUUCUUGCAAAUCCUCUUGAACCGAGGAAUAAUGAAGUUAUCCUUAGCCUCCUCCUAAAGGCUUUUCUUUUUGGCGUCUUAAAACUUGAGAGAUAACGUGGAGCCCCCAGAGAGGAGCCAGCAGGCUCCCGGGGUGCAUUCUGCCUAUAAACGUGCCAGGACUAGGCCCUCAGUCAGCACUUCCCUUGGGUAGGGUCCAGAACGCCUGUGGCGCUGCCCAGGCAGACCCCCCCCCCCCAUUGUUUGCGUGGAUUGCUUUGCGAAGCUGAAGGGUUUUCCUGGGCUUCUGGGUUCCUUGUCACUCCCCCUGUCCACAUGCCCUUUACACCUGCAAUGUCACCAGUGUCAGCCAUGCCAUCCUUUUAAAAUUAGUUUCCUUCUAGCCUUCCUGCUUUUCAGCACGGAAGCCAAACCUGAAUGACCCUGCGGUGUGAUGGACAAAUGAGGGCGAGGGGCCUGUGCUCACCGGCUGGUCAUGGCUGGUCCGCCCUGCACUCUGUUUUCGGCCAACUCAGUAGAGGGGGUGAGACCCCCUGUGCUGAAGACCAGGUGGCAAAGAACCAGGACCGGCUGUUGGUUUCCCCCUGCCUUUUCCCUCCAUGUAGAGCAGGCCUGGAUCCAGCCCUCUUGUCGCUAAGAGGCCUUUUCACCGAUGGUCUUACCAGCUCAGCCAAAUCUCCACCUUCACUUUGGCAGAAGCAAUAACAAUAGUGUUCACUUAACAUAGACGUUUGGGGUCUGCCUCUUCCGAGACCUCACAGAUGAGUUAACGCCACCAGGGAAGCAGAUCAGUCCCAGAUUCGUUUCUUGGAAUUUUCUAUUUGCUGGUAUUUAUACUAUAUCAAACUAGUCUGCAGUUUUUAGCUAUGUUGGUUAAAACAUGUUUUUAAAAUAGUGUUUAUAGACAGUUUUUCUCUGUUUAAAGCAGGGCUGGGAAAUGCCCAGCAUCAGCCCCAGGGCAUGUCGCAUUCCUAGGGACCUUCUCCUUGGGCCUAAUGCUCAGAUUCAGGGGUUUAGGACUGAACAGGCAUCAAAGUAACAGCCCCGCAGAGCCAGUGGCAAACAGAAGACGUGCUCUUGUGAGCACACCUGUCCCCACACAGCAAUAGCAACAGCCGUGUCCUUGUCCUUGUCCUGGCUGGGCUCUGACUGGUAAAUAGGUAGCUCCCUCCAAGGUACUGUUUGUCUGGACACCUUCUGAACGUGGCUUUUAGGCACCAAGCCUCACGCAUUCCAGUUGGCUUGGAUCUGUGUAUUCGGCCUUUGUUCAGUCCAAUAAACUGUGUAAAUGGUCUUGA